AUGGAAUCAUUCAAUGAGACCUGCUUCCAUCCAUCAGUUUUCAUUUUGCUGGGAAUCCCUGGGCUGGAGAACUUGCACAUCUGGAUCUCCAUCCCUUUCUGCUUUAUAUUAUUCAGUUCAAUCUUUGGGAAUUACGUUGUCCUACUCAUUAUCAUAACAGAUGGCAGCUUGCAUCAACCCAUGUAUAUCUUCCUUUCCAUCUUAGCCUCCAUCGACUUGGUUCUAACCAGUUCCACCAUGCCCAAGCUCAUUGCCAUCUUCUGGUUCCAGUACAAUACCAUCGACUUUCAUACUUGCUUGCUACAGAUGUUCUUUGUUCAUGGUUUUUCUACCACUGAGUCUGGAGUGUUUGUAGCUAUGGCUUUUGAUCGCUAUGUUGCAAUAUGUUAUCCCCUUAGAUAUACUACUAUAUUAUCUCUGAGUGUAGUCAUUAAAUGUGGGUUUCUAGCUUUAUUGCGAGGCAUCCUCUACAUCUUGCCUUUGCCUCUCAUGGCUUUGAGGUUCACUGAGUACAGGAGCAAUGUUAUUGUCCACUCCUACUGUGAGCACAUGGCUGUUUUAAGGUUGGCCUGUGGAGAUAUCACAACUAAUGACCUCAUUGGCAUAACCAUUGGUUUUCUUGUUCUAAUAAUGGAUUCCUUAUUGAUUAUAUUAUCGUAUGCGAUGAUUCUACAAGCACUUUUAAGAGUGACCAUCGAAGCACGACGGAAAUCAUUUGGCACUUGUAUUUCCCAUGUUUGUGCCAUUCUUGCUUUCUACAUUCCCAUCCUGACAUCUUCUCUGGUCCACAGAUUUGGAAAGAAUGUUCCUCAUUCCAUCCAUAUAUUACUAGCAAACUCCUACCUCCUUGUUCCCCCAAUGCUAAACCCUCUGGUCUAUGGAAUUAGAGCAAAGCAAAUUCGACAAAAAGUAGUGAAAGCUAUUUUAUUCCAGGGUUUAAAAUCUAAUUAUCAGCUGUAA